AAAAUAGUAGAUCUGAAAUUCUAAAUUGACUUUAACUUACCUUAUGUUAGCUGUUUGGUUGGCCUUUUCAGAGUCAUAAAUUUAGGGUGAAUCCUCCAUUGCUAUAUGACUCUGCUUCCACAUAGGCAUGUGGAAUACCUUAAAAAACAGUGACCCAUAUUGUUCAGAAAAAAAUAAAAAAUAUUAAUAAUAAAACUUUGCACAUAAGAAUCUUUAUUGUGGGUUUUCGGUAGACCAGUUUUAUGGGUGGAUUAUCACUCCGACGAGCAGCAUUAAAUGAAAUUAAGAGUUUUUCCCCACCAGUACCAGUGACUACCACCCGCCAGAUUUCAUUUGUUACAUUUAUUGCACUCGACAGCUUUCCUUUCCUUUCAUGUUCCAUGAUAAAGAAAACUCAACCACCGUCAUUGAUUCUAUUUAUCUACAUCUCCAGCUUUCUUUAAGUGGAAAAUACAUAUUAUAUAUAUAUAUAUAUCAAACUAGCUUUCUCUUCAUUCUCAUUGUUUUUUGAUAGCAGAAAAAAAAAAAAAAAAAAACACCAUGUCUGCCAUUGAAAUGGCCUCAAACACCAAGGUUCCUUACCAGAGACUCAUACAUGAAGAUGGGCUUGGCUUAUAUGAUGAAGAUUAUGAGAUGAGAGAUCAUCACCAUCAUCAUCAUCAGAAGGUGUUGGUGAGAUCAAGAAGUUGGUACAGAUUCAGAAAAGUGCCCAACAGGAGGAGAUUCAAGGUCAAAAUUCCAAGCUUGAGGAGGAUAUUGAGAAGGAAAGGUAAAUUCGUCUCAGCAGUCAGGCUUUCAUUUGGGAGAGUAAUGAAGAGACUGAAAGAAAGCCAGUCCCAUUUGAACGAUCUUUUUGCUGGGAACUACUUGUUCUUGCAGGUUAAUCCUGCUUUAUUCAAGUACCAUGAUAAAGGUCAUGGCUUUCCCUCUGCUACCUACUCUCUUCCUAGAGUAGCUUAAUUAAUGGGUUAUCUUGGAAUUUUAGUUCUGAAUCCUGAUCAAUAAAUAGUUUCUUCCUGUUUUCUAA